AUUGUGUAAAUCUAUGCUCAGAGUCUGAAAUGAUCAAGCGUCGUGAUUUAUGUUUGACUGAAGAGAUUAUAAAUCAUCAUCAGAAUUUCCAAAUUUUCAAAAAAAAAGCGGAUGAAAGUUUAGUUUUCUCACGAGUGUUUAUAUUGAGAUAUCUUUAUCAGCGAUAUUUAUAUAUACUUUGUAGUGUUCCAUCGUGCAUAACACGUGAAUAUGUAUCGGUAAAAUGGUAUGACUAUGUUUACUUUGUGUACCAAAACAUCGAUGACCUUGAAGGUGGGAUAGUCACAUGAUCUUGUUAUGAGGAAACGAUUGGUCGAGAAACCGAGACGAAUAUAGUGUCUAUUGCGUUGUGCAUGCUCCGCGUAAUAGGUCCUGUAUUCUGCAUUCGAUAGGCCAAAGGCAAAGCGCGGCAAGGAGCGGUCGAAUGAGCGGCUGAGUGAGCGAAAGGAAGAGAAGAAAAGAGAAAAAGUGAGGGUGAGAAAGCGGUAGAAUCAUUGGAACGAAAUAGAGAAGGAGAGAGAAGCGCGAGAGACAAGAGCAAACGAGGACGAGGUAGUGAAGAGGAAGAGGUAGCCAAGAGCGACGAGAAGAGAGAACAAUUAAAGGCUAAGACGCGCGACGGCAACGGCGACGAAGACAACAACGACAACGACGACGACAAACGGACAAACGACGAACGCAACGAGGACAACAACAACGACGGACGACGAACGCAACGAGGAUAACAACGACGACGACGAACGCAAAGAGAACAACAACGUCGACAACGACGACGACUCGACGCGACGCGACGACAACGAAGAAGAAAACGAAGUGUGCCGCUGUUCGGUCGUACGUCCGUGUGUGUGCGCGCGCGUUGGUCGCUAGUGUUGUGUCCAAGAUGAAGUCCGACUCUAAACCUUUGUUGACAGCUCAAGCGGAAAAGGCGAAUCAUUACACAUACUUGAAGGAAUUUCGCGUCGAACAAUGUCCCCUCUUUAUACAGCGCAAAUGUACACAGCACCGUCCCUUCACGUGCUUCAACUGGCACUUUAUGAACCAGCGGAGGCGCAGACCGGUGAGAAAGAGGGACCGCACCUUCAACUAUAGUGCUGAUAAUUAUUGUACCAAGUACGACGAGACCACCGGUAUAUGCCCAGACGGAGAUGAGUGCCCAUUUUUACAUCGUACUGCUGGCGAUACUGAGAGACGUUACCAUCUGCGUUAUUAUAAAACAUGCAUGUGUGUUCAUGAUACGGAUACACGUGGGUUUUGUGUUAAAAAUGGACCUCACUGUGCCUUUGCACAUGGCAAUCAUGAUUUACGACCACCUGUGUAUGAUAUCAAAGAAAUACAGGCAUUGGAAAAUCCAGAUACAGAUCCUAAUUCUUCGUCCAAUGGACCAAACAUUCUUGAUAAGGAACGAAAUUUGAUGAAUGAAGAUCCAAAAUGGCAGGACACGAAUUAUGUACUUAGUAAUUAUAAAACAGAACCGUGUAAACGACCUCCAAGACUUUGUCGUCAAGGUUAUGCUUGCCCACAAUACCAUAACAGUAAAGAUAAAAGACGUAGUCCACGAAAAUAUAAAUAUAGAUCAACACCAUGUCCAAAUGUAAAGCAUGGAGAAGAAUGGGGUGAACCAGGAAACUGUGAACAAGGAGAUGCCUGCACAUAUUGUCAUACCCGUACAGAACAACAAUUCCAUCCUGAAAUUUACAAAUCAACUAAAUGCAAUGAUGUACAGCAGGCUGGUUAUUGUCCACGUGGAGUCUUCUGUGCAUUUGCGCAUGUUGACCGUGAGUGUACCCUCAUCAAUCUAUUGCCAACAGAAGAAAUGAGUCUGGCGAGGGACAUGGCGGUACCCAUAGAUUGCGGCACAAAUUUAGCAGAUAUACUCAAUAAUGCUUUACCACCUGAUAAGCGCAGUCAUGACAAAGACAAACCUCUUAGCGAUAGCAGUAACGGAAGUGGUGAAGUAUCUGAAUCUGCGAGUACUAGUAGUCUUGGUAGUAAUAGUUCACAUAGUAAAGCUCCUGGUGCUCAACUUCAUAAUUCCAAUUCUAACAAUGCUGUGAAUGUUUCUGCCCAACAGAAACUUACUAGUAUACUUUACAAUCCUAGUUCUCUUUUACAAGCUGGUGAAAUAAGAAAACAAAUGGUGGCUAUAGACAGUGAUCCAUUAUUAACAAAAGCUGAAAAGGCUCAACAAAAGCAAAGUUUAUUUAUCACAUAUAAUUUAAAUGGAACUUUAGGAAGUCAUUCAUUGACAACAACUGUAUCACCAUUAUCCAAUUCAUUUUAUCCAAACGACACUGUUGAAUCUGUAGUAGGAAAUGCAUUAGAUGAAUUACAUUUAGAUGAUCCACUAAAUUUAGUAGAAUCAAUUCAUAGGGAUACUAAUUCACCAAUUAGUAAUUCUAUAUCAGCGGGUUUAGCAAGUUCAGGAUUACUUGGUAGUUCAGCUCCAGUAAAUAUUCCUGGGAUGACAGAACGAUCUGUUUUGACAAAUUUUUCUCCAUCUACUUCAAGUCCGCUUCAGCAAUUACAAUCAGCCGGUUUCCUUACUGGACACAGAUUUUCACAUCAAGAUUCUAUAGAAUCGACAAUGCCAUUUAUGAAUCAAGUUUCAGAUCCAUUUAACAAUCACAUUUCUCAGCUUAGUAGUUCAGCUUCUAAGCUUAGUGGAUUUAAUAGUAGCCUAUUUGACUUUGCAAACCAAGGAAUGUCACCAUCUCGUACACAACCUCUCCCAGCGUCUCCACUGGUCAGUGCAUUCUCCAUCAGUCCAAGUAACACAGGAUCUUUAUCUGAGGUGCAGAGACUCAGAGAAGAAUUGACUUCAAGUCGUGCUCAGUUAGCAACGUGGGAUGAACGAAUCAAUCAAGCUAGAGCCGCUUGUGCAGCAUGGCAAUUAGAAAGUGAAGAAGCUAAAAGAAAAGCAAGUAUUGCUGAACAACAAAGAGAUGAGGCUUUAUUACAAGUAAAAGCACUACGUGUUGAAAAUGAAGCAGCUAGUGGUGGUCCAUAUUUGCAUACGUUAAGAAGGACAAGUGAACUCAGAUCACUUUCAAUUGCAACAUUAAAGUCAAUUCAAUCGCAACUUCGUUCGGAUCUUGAAGAAAUAGAAAAGGUGCUGUACAGAGAAACGGCAGCAAAAUGUAUGGUUUGUGAAGAACAAAAUCGCACUGUCACUCUCUCGCCCUGUAAUCACUACGUGGUCUGCUCGACGUGCGCUCCAAAUCAGCGUGAGUGCCCGUAUUGCCAGACUCCGGUUGUCUCUACAAGUUAGGUCCGAAAUUUUCAUUUGAAUUCUGUUGUUAAUAUUCAUACUUUUUGCUUUUAAAAGAUAUUUCUUCAAAAUACCUUAAUAAUAUAUCAAAAUUUAAUACUCCAAUAUCAUGGAUAUAAAUACAAUGCAAAAGCAAAUAUAUGCUUUACACUGUUAAUAACAUGAAAACUAUAUCACAGUAAUAAUUGACACAACGUAAAUAAUUUUUUAUCUUACCAAAGUACGUUGAUAUUGCAUGCACAAAAUGUUCCAUGUACAAUAUAUGCAUGAGAACUGUAGUUACAUGAUAUAUUUUUUAAAGUAUAACAUUAACAAUAUACUUUUCUUUUAAUAUUACACCUUCUUUAAAAGAUAUAGAAAUUUUUUCAUUCAUGAGACAGUCCAAUAUAUAGUAUACUAGCAGUGUGCUAGAUGUAGUUGAGAUUUGUAACACAAGUAUAUGUAAUAGUUACAGAACAUUUAAUAUUGAAAUAUUGUAAUCACGAUAAUGGACAAAGAUUUGGGACCCUAAAAAUAUAUAUUUGUUUAAAAAAAUAAUAUAAAUAAGCGCAACAAAUAUAUCUCAUUUAGGAUAUCAAUGAAAGGAUUCUUUUUUAAUGCUGAGCUGUUAUACGUAUGUCGUACAAAAUAAUACUUCUAUUGUAUAUUAAAAUAUGUAUUUAGGGUUUUUCAAUUGACCUGUACUGAUUAUAAUAUUGCAAGUAUUAUCAAAUUUUAUAUUUUUGGUUGAGGAAAUAUCGAUGAUAAAUGUUAUAUUAGAGUCAUGUAAUACGUAGAUUUUUACAUAUAGUAAAUAAUACAAUUUCUUACAAGAAUAAAAAAAAUGUAAAAACGGGGGUUUAAAUAUUCAUCUAAAAAAGUACAAGUUAUAAAUGUUUUGCUUUAUUAAAUAUGUGAAUAUUCUUAUUUAAAACAGUAUAAUAACUAUUAUUUUCUUUAUUCUUUUUGUCUUCAUAUAAUUUAUAUACAAUAAAAAAUUACAUUUUAUGAAGAAAUUUUCUAUUUUGGGUACAUUAAAAAAUAAUCUAAUUUUGUAUGAAUGCGCCUUUUUCAUUUCAUUUAAUUAUGAUAAAAUAUAAUAUAACAUGUUAUGUUUUAUGCUUUCUCUACAAAAAACAAUAUUUAAAUAGAUAUAUUUAAUGUAAUAGUAGUGCGCUCAUUUCGAAGAUUGUUAUCACAUUAUUAGUAUGAGGUAGUGAUAAAAAUAAUUAUCUUCAAUAAUGAUUACACUACAAAUAUUCAUUGAACUCAAUUUUGUGUUAUACAUUUUACAUUCUAGCUAUAAGAAUAUUAGGAUAAUACUUAGGAUUUUCCAAUUUAAUCAAAAAUAAUUAAUAUUUAUAAUAGAGAGAGAACAAAUAAAUUGUGACGUACGUGUGACAGCUUAUUGGCAUGAAGUUAAUAAACAUGCCAGCUAGUUUCUCUAUAUAGGACGUGUAAUGCACGUCUACUUACCGGCUCUAUAAACUAUUUCAUUUUUAACGAUCCAGUUGUUAAUCCUCAUGAAAAAUAACUAUACAUUCAUGAUGAAAAAUAAAUUUU